AUGAACCCCCGACGCGCACAGCUGGCGUCGAUGCUGACGCUGCUCGCCGUCGUCGUCGCCGCGCGACACGCCGCGGGGCAGGCGAUACCCUCGGCCGAGACGCGAGCCCGAACGACUUCCCAAACCGAAACCCAAACCGCCCGCGUCUCGCACAGACCCGCGGGACGUCCCGGCGUUCCGGCCGCGUCCGCCGCCGCGUCCGGCCGCGACGCGCUUCCGUCGGACGUCUCCGCGCCGCGACUCACGUCGCGCCGCGCGUCGCUUCGCCUCUGCGACGGCGGGGACCCCGUCCCGACGACGGUCUUCUCCGAGGAGACGCUGUGCCUGGAGCAGCCGCUGCCCGGGGUGACCCGCGGCGAGGCCAGGCGCCGGGCGCUUCACGCGGCGUCGGUCGACGUCACGUUCGCGGGCGACCGCGUCGCGCCCGAGCACGUCAGCGACCCCGAACUCGUGACGCCCUCGGACGUCGACGACGACGACACAGCCGGCGGCGGCGACGAGCUCUUACACAUCGACGACGAGGAAACCUUCGAGGAGGAAACCUCGGACGACGACGCCGUCGAGGACGUCUUCGUCCGCUUCACGCUGAGCGUCGCGGGUCUGCCCGCGGGCGCGAAGGGCGCGCUCGAGGCCGCCGUCACCGUCGUGCCCGUCGGGAGGUUCUCCUACGACAUCGUGUGGUACGAGCUAUCGGUGACCUACCCAACAUUUUACUCACACCAGGUGGACGUAACGAUUCAGGAGGGACACGACGCGGGAAAGCCGGAGGAGGAGAUCGAGCAGGACGUCGAGGACCUGAAGGAAGGGUCCGCGACGUUCUUCCCGUGCACGAACUUCAUCGCGGGGCCGUUCUGCGACGAGGCGGGGAUAUCGGCGUGA